CCUAAGCCAUUUGAAAUCAAUGUUGAUCGGAAGUUUAUCGAGGAAACUCGUCAGCGAGUCGCGCACGCAAGGGCUCCUGCGUUUAUCGGCAUCAAAGGCGACGGUCCGAGUGCUGAAAACUUCACCGCUGUUCAGGACUGCUGGGUCAAUGAAUACAAUUGGAAUGCAACUGAAGCCUCCAUCAACCAAAAGCUGGAACAGUUCACAACCAUUGUCGAGCCCGUGAUCGAUAAUGCCACUUACCCAGUGCCCCUCCACUUUGUUCAUCAUCGUUCGCCCCGGAAGGAUGCCAUUCCUCUGCUCUUCAUCCACGGAUGGCCAGGCUCAUUCCUAGAAGUCAGCCACAUCAUCGGCAACCUGACAAACCCUCCCAACGCAUCCGUCCCGGCCUUUCACGUUGUUGCUCCGUCAAUCCCAGGCUUCGGAUUCUCCCCUGCACCUCAGCGUCCCGGCUUCGGUCCCGUCGAAACGGCUCACGCUUUCGAUGCAUUGAUGGGCCAGCUCGGCUAUUCCAAAUAUGUCAUUCAAGGAGGGGAUUUCGGCGGUGUUACCCUUCGCUACCAGUCUCAUCUAUUUCCGGAUCAUGUCGUCUCAGCACUCAGCAACUUCUGGGUCAUCCAACCAAGCGACGAUGAUAUGCGCAGACUCGCAGAGGGGAAAGCAACCCCUGACGAAGUUACCUACAUUAAUAUUCUCGAGAACUACAUCAACCACGACUCUGGAUACCGCCUGAUGCAAUCAACUGAACCGCUCACCUUGGCAAUUGGCAUGACAGACUCCCCAUUGGGAAACGCCAUGUGGAUGUAUGAUUUGAUGGCAAAGGUCAUUGAUCCAGCCGUUACAACCUGGACUCCGGAGCAGAUCAUUACUUGGUCACUGAUGUAUUACAUCCAAGGCCCAUAUGGCGGUAUGCGCUUUUACAAGGAGGUCCUCAACGACGGGGGUUUCGCCGGCUCCUCCCUUCUUGAUUUUGGCACUCUGCCGCUGGUAGAGAUUCCAAUCGCCAUCAGCCAGUUUCCUUACGACCUCUGUUACCGCAUGCCAUUGGACUGGGCGAAGCGAGGAGGAAAUGUUGUCAAGAGAACUGUGCAGAAUCACGGCGGUCACUUUGCUGCCUAUGAGGUGCCUGAGCUGCUGCUCAACGAUAUCUGGUCUUGGUUCGGGGAUAAGGAAGUU